UGCGGCUGAAGUACGUGGUCUGCAGUCUCUCUCUCUCGCUCUCUCUCGGACAUAAUUAGUACAUGCCUACUUCACCUGGGCGGGAAUCGGAUUCACCCAGUUUCCUUCUCCAUCAGAUUCAGCAAUAGAGAUUAUCGCGCCCAGCAUGGGAUCACGGAUCCCCCAGAGCGCCGGAAGGACAAUCUCCGGGCUGACCUCCGGUGAAUUCACCGAGUCCUCGCUGGAGAAGAAAGUCGGCGGCGAUGUCGAGCUCGAUGCCGAACCCCCCCGGCCCAAAUCGCUCAAGUUCAAGCUCACCGUGCUUUUUCUGGCCAUCGUCACAUUGAUCGCCUCCAUGGACGCCGUCAUCGUAGGCUCCUGUCUAGUAGCCAUUGCGGAAGACCUGCACAGCAGCAGCGUGGAGUCCUUCUGGGUGGGCACCUCGUUCCUGCUCGCCCAAACCGUUACCAUCCCUCCUUACGGCACCACCAGCGAGAUCUUCGGUCGCAAAGGGCCGAUUCUCAUCGCCACGACCAUAUUCACCUUCGGCAGCAUUCUUUGCGCAACCGCUCGGAAUGUCGGCUGGCUGAUCGGAGCCCGCGUGGUCCAGGGCAUCGGGGCCGGCGGCAUGAUCCAGCUGGUCCAGGUCAUUCUCUCGGACAUCUCCACCAUGAGUGAACGCGGCUUAUAUAUGGCUAUCGCAACGUUGGCAUGGUCGCUGGGGACCAACAUGGGCAUUCCCAUAGGCGGCGCCAUCGGCUCGCGGACUACGUGGCGGUGGAUCUUCUAUAUCAACAUCCCUACGUGUGUGCUGUGUAUCGCCGGAUUGAUAUACUCGUUGCAACUGCAGCAGGAUGCUUCAUCGUUCAUGAAAAAGUUAGGCAUGCUGGAUUGGACCGGGCUGGGAGUGUAUACCUGUGCGUCCACGCUGUUCCUGGUCGGUCUGACUUCCGGCGGUGCCUUGCAUCCCUGGGAUUCGGCAGCCGUGUUGGUGCCCUUGAUACUGGGCUCUGUUCUCUUCGUGGUCUUCAUGGUCACCCAAUGGCGGGUGGCAGCUAACCCUAUGAUGCCCCUGAGGAUCUUCAACGACCGAUCGGCCAUCGUUGGCUUUGCCACGAGUUUUCUGCACGGAUUGGUGUUUUGGUGCGUGACGUACUACAUGAUUAUCUUUUUCCUCGGAGCAUUGCAGCAUGGCGUCCUGCACGCCUCCCUCGAGACCAUGACCUGCAUCGCAUACUCAGCACCCGCGGGGCUCGUGGCCAGUAUGCUGGUUAAACGAACGCAACGAUUCAAGUACAUCAUUGUAGUGGGCUGGGCACUGUUGGCAGCGGGAAUGGGUAGUAAUAUUACCAUGCAUCCCGACAGUAGCAAGGCCAUGCUCUACGGUCCUCGCGUCCUCGUCUCGAUCGGCGGCGGGCUCCUGUUUCCAACUCCGUUGUUUGCCGUCCAAGCGCGGCAAAAUGGCGACGACGUCGGAAUCGCGACCAGCGUGCAAGUAUUUAUGCGCAGUCUUGGGACUGCGUUCGGGGUCGGACUGGGCGGAGUCAUCUUCCAGAACCAGUGGACGAAGGAGGUAGACCAUGCAAUCCUGUCGGGAAAGAUCCCCUCGCAGCUGAGGCUGGGAAGCCACGUUGCUGAGAUCGCAUAUCAGACGAUCCGGGAGUUCCCAGCACCGGUCCAGCAGGAGUAUCGAUGGGUGUAUGCGCGUAGCUUGACCACGAUGUGGUAUGUGAUGAUGGGCUUGUCGCUGGUGGGAUUUGUGGUCAGCCUGAUCGCCAGGAACGACGAGAUUAAGGGCGGCUUAUCGGGGGCGCAGAACUUUCAGGACGACUCGAAGCCGGCGGAUGUGGAGGCAAGAAGGGGGCCAGAGACCUGCGACUGAUCUGGACGUUAGAUGAAAAUUUGGGGAAGGCUCCAUGAGAAUAGACCGUGUAGACUGACCGAGUUGCUUG